UCAAAAUGCGUACGGAACGUAAUCCGCAGCAUUUCUAUAGCCAAAAUAUACGCGCUCGUCAUAAAGCGGGAUUUUCUCGUCUUCGUCUCUCCCACAGCCCAAAUUUCCCUCUUCUUCCUUCAAAUCAAAAUCUCAACGAUUUGAAUUAGCAGUUUACAAAGAUACCCUAUUAACCGUUACGGAUUCCGCCGUGAUUUUGCCAAUUUAUGUCACUAGCGGUUAGCGAACACAGAGAAAACCACCGUGUUCGACUUGACCGCCAUAAUCACGCUCCACGAAAUUGUUACGUCAUUUCCCGACCUAUUGUUUCUCUAGCGCACUUUCGACUUCUGUGACUGUGGCGUCAUCCUCCGGCCGUAGUUUUCUGCAGUUCACUUCCACCUUCUGAACUCCGGCGAUCAGGACUGUUGUUUCUGGUUUGUUCUGCUUUGAACAUUGCGUUCUUCAGCAAUAAGAACUAUUAACCUAACAGGCUUCCCACAUAAAACUAAAGUUUAGUGAUUUUAGAGGUAGUUGCUCCUUACGUGAAUAACCCCCAGAACAGUCAGCCUUCGCAUAUGGAAACCACUUGUGGAUCUCUGAUGUCCGAUCUGAAGAAAUUGUGGGAUGAUAUUGGAGAGAAUGAGGUUGAAAGGGACAAGAUGCUUUAUCAACUUGAGCAGGAGUGUUUGAACGCCUAUAGAAGAAAAGUUGACCAGGCAAGUCGCAACUGUGCUCAGCUACGGCAAGCAGUUGCCGAAUCUGAAGCAGAACUUGCACGAAUAUGUGCAGCGCUAGGGGAGCAGCCAGUCAAUACCAGAGCGAAAUCAAGCAGCUUGAAGAUGGAGCUUGAGGCCAUUAUGCCUCAGCUGCAAGAGAUGAAGCAAAGGAAAUUGGAAAGGGAGCGUGAGUUCAAAAAUAUUAUCAAUCAAAUAGACAUCAUCUUGAAGGAGCUUGGUCAGUCAAGACAGGAAUUUCCAAAAAUGAUUGGUAUGGAUGAAAGCGAUAUGUCCUUGCGGAGACUUGAAGAGAUGAAGGGUCACUUGCUUUCACUUCAAGCAGCAAAGAAUGAUCGCUUGGAGCAAGUACUUGACCUCUUGGAAUCUCUCAAAUCACUAUGUGUUGUGCUUGGUAUUGAUUUUAGAAAUACUGCUGUGGAGAUCCAUCCUACUUUGGAUGGCUCAUCUGCCUUGAAAAGUGUAAGUACAGAGACAAUUGAUAGGUUAUCUGCUGUUAUAAGCAAACUGCGAGAGGUGAAAGUGCAACGGCUGAAUAUGAUUCAAGAUUUCGCAACCACAAUGGUAGAGCUGUGGAAUUUGAUGGACACACCAGUGGAGGAACAACAGCCAUUUCACAGUGUCACGCGGACUAUAGCUGCUUCAGAAAGUGAAUUAACUGAGCCAAACGCUCUCUCUUUACAAUUUCUCAAGUCUGCAGAACUUGAGGUGGCAAGGCUGAAAGAAAUGAAGUCAAGCAAAUUGAAGGAAGUUCUCUUGAAAAAGAGGUCUGCAUUGGAGGAAUUGUGCAGAAAAGCCCACAUAGUUCUUGAUGCUGAUCAUUCAACUCAGUUCUCACUUGAAACUAUAGAAUCUGGGACAAUUGAUCCUUCACUCCUACUUGAACAAAUAGAGAUCCAGAUUUCCAAGCUAAAAGAAGAAGCUUUUAGCAGGAGAGAGAUACUUGAGAAGGUCGAAAAGUGGUUAGCUGCAUGUGAAGAGGAAUCAUGGUUGGAGGAGUACAACAGGGAUAACAAUCGGUACAAUAGUGGAAGAGGCACACAUCUCGUUCUGAAGCGGGCUGAGAAAGCCCGAGCGCUUGUCAACAAAAUUCCUGGAAUGUUGGAAGCAUUGGCUUCAAAAGCUAAAAGCUGGGAGAGAGAAAGAGGAAAUGCAUUCUUGUACGACGGAGUUAGCCUUCUGUCUAUGCUGGAACAAUAUGGUCUUGUAAAGGAAGAGAAAGAGUUAGAACGUCAAAGGCAGAGGGAUCAGAAGAAACUUCAGGGGCAACUGAUUGCAGAGCAGGAAGCACUGUUUGGGGCAAAGCGUAGUCCAUCACAGAGUGCGAAAAAGAAUUUAGUUGGGGGUGGGAGCAAUAAUAAGAGAUACUCAAUGGGAGGGGUGAUGCUCCAAACACCAUAUGCUGAGAGGGCAGCACAGUCUUCUCACACCCUGAAGAAAAAGAACCCUUUGAAGCCGCAAGCUCUACCCAACGUUACACAAAACUAUGUCGCCCUCUCCUCUGGCAAGAGAGAGAGUUCAAUACAUGCAAGACAGCAGCAAUCUUGCUACAAAACGAAUCCACAGAGGAAACCACUUUCACCUAUAUCUUCACUCUCAUUCAACACCAACUCUCCCAAUGUAAUAGUGGCAAAAACUGGUGAGGAGCUCCAAGAAACGCCACCGGCUUCAUUGAUGACCACUCCAGUAAAAAAUGUUAUUGGAUGGGGGAACACAACCCCGAAGAAGAUGAUUCCGAUCCCGACCCCGUCCACGCCUGCUUCAGCAGCAUCUACUGCCAUGCAGACCGCCAUCACUCCGGCUGCUGCUACUCCGUUUGCUGAUGAUGACUGUGUUGACUAUUCUUAUGAGGAGAAGAGAGCCCGUUUCCUUCUCCCUGAGUUGCAAAUUCAUUAGCGUUUGCUUUUACCCUUUGUCAUCAUUGUAGAGUCUGUCAUCAUUAGCGUUUGCUUUUACCCUUUGUCAUCAUUGUAGAGUCUGUCUACUUUAACACUUUGAGAUUGGUUUUCCACUGCUAAAUCUAACUCUCCCGCGCAGGGCCGUCUCUAGAACUUUUUGGGCCCUAGGCAUAAACUAAAAUAUAUCUUCAUAUUAGUGAAAAUUGUUGGACAUAAGAUACUCCCUCCGUCCCAUUUAUAUUGUC